GUUCCGCCUGCGCCGUCGCCUCGCUUCACUUCAGCCUUCCAACAGAUCACCACUAACACUCGACUUCACUGCCAAACAAAUCCCUGUUUGCUCGGUUAUUCACGAUAUUUGCUGAUCUCGUUGUUAAUAUCUCAAGCACACUACUAUGCAGCACGAACGACAUCCUACAAGCAUCGGCUGAGGACAAAGCCGUCACUCUUCUUCAAGCGCCUCGAUGAACUUCGUGUACUGCUGACGGCCUAUCCUCGAAAAACUUCUCUCCAGUGUGGUCGCAGCGAUCAGCCUUGCCGUCAAACGGUCUAAAGCGUCCCUACCUUCCGUCACGUCCGCCGAAUGCUCCUUGCAUGACCCCGAACUGCCAUGCCACACAAGUAGCGCAACCUGUUGAGCAGGCGGCGAAGUCGACACACCAUGGGGAAUACGACCUCUAGCCCACGUGGUCAGGCGGAUGACGGACAAACAGAAGAGUCUAGGAUUGCAAGAAACAAUAAUGUAUCCUCAAAUGGUGAUGAUGGCUCGGGCGAUGGAAGCCUGCGCCGAGCCAGAAGAAACCCUGCCUCCUUCAGAGCAGCCGGACAAAGAGCUAGCACAUUUUACGAUGCCCUACGCCGCCAUAUACAGAACGAAUCGACGACUUUGCGGACGAGUGCAGCGCACACGUCGCCAUCUCUGGAGGAAAUGGAAUAUGAACAAGAAAAUAGACCUCUGGUAGGUCCUGGAGGCAUCGACAUGCCAGAUGCCUCCUCGCCGCAUAAUGUGGCGCAGCCACUGUCUAGAACGAGAACAGCGAUGUCAAGACUCGGGUCACGACUCCUGCCAGAUUCUGUUGCCAGAGGUCUCUUGAAUAGUGGUGAGGAAACUGCAGAAGAGGGACACGCGUUACGCUACGGAGCUUCAGAACGGUCUCGACGUUCUGUGUACGAAAGAUCACCACACAACGAGUCCAACCAUCGAUUAUCACUCACAGGUUCGAUCACGAGGAGGAACAAUUAUCGGACGGAUUCUAGACGGCGCGCAAUCCGGGGGCCGUUCCCAGUUCUACACGACUCUGAUCAGUCGUUGGACCCCGCGGCUUCGGCUGCAGAACUUUUCGAUAGUACUCGCGAUGUACCUGUUCCAGCUACAAGUUCCCUUCGCCAUCGCAACCGAUUCAGCAGAGUACGUGACUCGAUUUCGCUCUCUGCACGACUUUCCGGUCUUUUCGGGCAUUCCGCCGACCAGCUUGAACCAGGUCAGACGGGGAGAGCGUCACCUGCUGGACCAGCAAGGGCAACUUUCCCUGACGAAUCCGAUCAUUUACUACCUUCACUCCAGUCUAGUGAUCAGCGUAUGGAGACGGACGACGCCCCUCACGAAUUGGAUGCGGUUGAGCCCGAAGCGCGGACAUUGUUGGCGAGUCCAAGGGUCACUUCUGGAAUGAGUACGAUUAGGCGUUUUCAACCCGGUCUGCGAUCGCGUUCGACGCGGCUGAUACGACGGGGAGAGCACCCACCUCUCUCUCAAGUCUUGCAACUUGCAGCAGCCGCCAUUGCAGCUCAACUCUCAGGACACGCUACCGUGGGCAAUGCUGGCGGCAGUCAUCUCGGUAGCGAUACAUUCGACGGUAGUAUCCAGAACUUUGUGCAAACCCUUCAAGAUGCGGCAACAGCACAGGCAGGAGAAGGCCUGGACAUCAACUCUGCAGACGGGGAUCUGCGUCCAGUCAACUUCAUGAGAGUCUUCCAGUUCCCGAACGACGAAAAUGGGUCCCCAAUCGCUUCGCAAGCGCAGUCUCGGGAUUUGGAUCAAAUGGACAUAGACUCAAUCACAGCGCCCAGUGAGAAUGACAGAUCUGUGACCUUGGUUUUGGUCGGCGUGCGAUCACUGCCUCAUGGUCAAGAAAGUGGCAGCGGCGAGAACGGGACGUUGGGUCCAAGUCUGGAUACCUUACUGAGUCUUCCUUUCCUACCACCUGCGAAUGUGUUACGAAAUGGGAGUUCUGGCGCCUUAUUCGGCCGGUCAGAUGGAAGGGCAAGGUCGAGUCCUCGACGACAUUCCAUGACCAAUUUCAGCUUCCCUGCGCAAUACGAAACCCAAAGACAUCAGCGAACGCGCACUAGCAUGGGGCGGUUGUCAAGUACAGCAGAGCAGAGUAUACCAGCGCCAUCUGAUGCUGGAAGUGUACCACAACUUUCUGAAAGCCCGCCAGGACCAAAUCCGCCUCCCUCAACUCCAGCCGAUAUCAGGAGUGGGCAAGCCUCCCCCAUCCGCAGGCCCUCUUCAGCCUCGGCAGCUCAAAACCCAGCUCUUCCUGAACUGGAUGAAGACCGACCUCCACCCAGUCACGACCAUGUUCCCUCAGAGACCUCCUUCAACACGGCCAGACAACGCAGACGUAGCGACUCGGAAUUUGCUCGCCGGCCUGAAUUGGGCUCUGGCGCGGCUAGGCGUAAUGGCAUGGUCGAGCCUGACCAUCCGCCUGUUGGAGCCGGAAGAAGUUGGCUCAUUUACGUGGUUGGCACGAAUGUCUCGCCUGACCAUCCUGCGUUUACGAUGCCAAGUCUAUUCACAGACAACCCCUCUUAUGAGGAUAUGCAGAUGUUGUCCACCCUCCUGGGACCGGUCAAGCCGCCGGUAGCGACACGCGAGGACGUGAGUUCCGCGGGCGGGCUCUUUCGCCUCGUAGAUCAUGCGUCUGGUUUCAGAGGAGAAGCUCUUUCGGAGACCGAUGGCCUUUCCAUCAUGGUCAAUCAAGGGGAGCGGUGUCUUAUCUGCUUAUCGGACUAUGCAUCUUCGGAGGAAGUGCGACGUCUAGACAAAUGUCAGCACGUCUACCACCGUGAGUGCAUUGACGAGUGGCUCACAACUGGCCGGAAUAGUUGUCCUCUCUGUCGAGGUCAGGGCGUGCAAGAGAAGGCCAUGCCUUCGGAUUCUUCAGCUGGAGGAGCUCCAGUCACCACAUGAGUCCUGCCCCGAGACAGGGUCUCGAUGAAAGCAGUCCCUUGCCAAGGCUUACGAUGCUGUACGAAUCUCAUUUGAACAUUUUGCGAAACAGGCUAUUGGGUUGGCGCUCGUUGGGUAUCCGCUGAGACGGACUUUUCAGUUGGAGGUGUCACCUUCAAUCUCACGAUGCUUGUGACGACCGUACGGUAAAUGGCAUUCAUACAAGCCACAAGCCGCGAUAGAGGGGCUGAAGAUGCGGUUUUCAAGGGCGAUUGUGUUGUCUCGCAUACCUCCGACAGUACUGUGCUGGGACCUGGGGCGGUCUGGGAACGAAUUUUGUUGCCUUUGGCUUCUCUGUAUGAUUUCUAUUUCCCUGGGAGUCAGUGCAGCUUCUAACUUAGGAUGAGACAUGACAUUCAGCAAUGUACGUGUCAGUUGCAGCCAUGAGCCAUUUUCGGUGCCAGUUCUGUUAUGCCUAUCGACUCUGUGUCUGCGUUCAUGUUGUUGACGAAACGAUGCCUCAUCACUUAUUGGUCAGCGACAGUCUCGGAAAUUGAGAUGCAAGAACAGAUGCGAAAUGGCUUGGACUCAGCCGGCAGUCAUCGUUUUCGUAUUAGCCGGUGAUGCAUCCGGAGAUUGUCCUCAGACAUGGUGACCAAAAUAGCUCUGGGGAAGACCUAUACCACUACAAGGCAUCCUGCGCAAUUCUGAGCGCCACGCACAUCAAUAGAAACAACAAAGACGAUCCUCAAGCCCAUCUUGAACCCCCUGAUUCACGGAACAGACUUCCAACACCUUAGGUAGGUCUUGGAUGUUGGCUCUGAUCUUGGGGUAGCCCAUGCUUUCGGUGCUUUAUUGAGUCAUUACAGUCAUUAGGACAUCAUGUCGACGCCUAGCAUUGCAUCAGGUUGCAUGGCAGUAUCUCGUAUUGUUCCUUGUCGUUCCCGAUAUGGAUAGUGAGUACCGGAGUAUUGGGGAACAGUACGAGCGAGGGUCGAUGGGGCGGGACAGCCACGUGUAUACAAGAAAUGCUUUGGGCGACUUGAGGGUAAGACGCAACGAGUACUACAGUAUUUCCAUGCUUCUUUUG